CCAGAGCGCUCGGCUUGUCGGCACAGCUGGAGUCCUCCCGCACUGCCAUGCCUCGGCGCUCCCCGCGCGGCGCUCGGUGUUGCGGCCCCGCUGCGGGCCUGGCGGCGCGGGCGGGGGCGCCGGCGUUCCAUAGGGCUGGGCUUCCAUAGGCCGGGCUUCCAUAGGGCACAUUUCCAUAGGGCCGGGCUUCCAUAGGGCCGGCUCUCCAUAGGCCGGGCUUCCAUAGGGCACAUUUCCAUAGGGCCGGGCUUCCAUAGGGCCGGCUCUCCAUAGGCCGGGCUUCCAUAGGGCACAUUUCCAUAGGGCCGGGCUUCCAUAGGGCCGGCUCUCCAUAGGCCGGGCUUCCAUAGGGCACAUUUCCGUAGGGCCGGCUCUCCAUAGGGCGCGUUUCCAUAGGGACUGCGGAGCCGCUCCCGCCCCGCCGCCGCCCGGUUCCCCUGGCGUCGCCGCCGGCCCCGGGAGGUGCGGGGCCCUGCGCAGGAGGCUCCACCUUGCUAUGAGCAACCAAGAUGGAUCCAGAAGAGCAGGAUUUACUUGGGGAUUACAGAUACAGGAAUUAUUCCUCAGCAAUUGAGAAAGCUUUGAGGAACUUUGAAUCAUCCAGUGAAUGGGCAGAUCUGAUCUCUUCCCUUGGCAAGCUCAAUAAGGCUCUGCAGAGUAACCUGAAGUAUUCUCUGCUGCCCAGAAGGUUGAUCAUCAGUAAAAGAUUAUCCCAGUGCUUGCACCCAGCCCUGCCCAGUGGGGUGCACUUAAAGGCUUUAGAAACCUAUGAAAUCAUCUUUAAAAUCAUUGGCACAAAAUGGCUUGCCAAGGAUUUAUUCUUGUACAGCUCUGGUUUGUUCCCUCUGCUGGCAAAUGCAGCAAUGUCAGUGAGACCUGUUCUCCUUGGCUUGUAUGAGAAAUAUUUUCUCCCUCUCCAAAAAUCCCUCCUGCCUGGUCUCCAGGCCUUUGUCAUUGGGCUGCUGCCUGGCUUGGAAGAAGGAUCAGAAAUUUAUGACAGAACAGAUGCUCUGCUGGUGAAGCUGUCCCUGCUGAUGGGCCAGGAGGUGUUUUAUGGAGCUCUCUGGGGCAGUGUCCUGGGCAGCCCCUCCAUCAGGCUCCCUGCUUCCCUCUUCGUCGUCAGCCACAUCAACAGGGAGCUCUCUGGCAAACAGCAGAAAUUCAUGCUUGGCACUGAUUAUAAACUCACUAUAAAGUCUUUGUGUGUGUCAGUGCUGGAUUCCAAUGUCCUUGUGCAGAGGAACACUCUGGAAGCAAUCCUCUUCUUUUUCCCAUUUUAUACAGCUUUGGACUGCAAGGAAAGCACCAUCCUGCUCAGAAGGGCUGAUCUGGUUUAUAUCCUGUCAGCAGCCACUCAGACACUGCUGAGGAGAGACAUGUCCCUCAACAGGAGAUUGUAUGCCUGGCUGCUAGGCUCUGAUAUUAAAGGUGGCACUUUUGCUCCAGACUCCACCACUUCUGAAGACCAUGCUGUUUAUUUCUUUGGAAAAUACUCUAAAGAUCUUUUGGUUGAGAGUUUGAUUGUGAUUCUGCAUCAGAAAUUCCCAGAGGCUGACCCAGAGGAGCAGCACCAGGCUUAUCUCAAGCCCUUCCGGAUCCUCAUCAGCCUCCUGGACAAACCUGAAAUAGGCCCACAGGUUGUUGGGGAUUUGUUCCUGGAAGUUCUCAGAGCUUUUUAUUCCUACUGCAAAGACACCCUGGGUUCUGAUCUCAAACUCAGCUACAAUCAAAGUGGCAACACCCUGGCCAGUGCAAUCAAAGAGAACAAAAAUGCUUCAGAAAUUGUCAAAACAGUGAAUUUGCUGAUCACAUCCUUAAGCACUGAUUUCCUCUGGGAUUACCUGACCAAAUGCUUUGAAGAUUGUUUCAGAAACAAAUCCACAGGGAUGAGGUAUCCUCUGGAAAAUGUGAGCACUCCUCCUACCAUUUCAGAGCUGUGCACUCUGCUGGUGUUCCUGCUGGAUGUGAUUCCUCUGGAGCUCUACUCAGAAGUGCAGACUCAGUACCUGCCCCAGAUGCUCAGUUACAUGGUGCAGUCUCUCCUGGAAAACAUGGAAGUCUUGGGGCUGCCAGAACUCACUCAUGCCUUAAAAACCUGUUUUAAGGUGCUCAGCAAGGUGCAAAUGCCCCCUUCCUACCUGGACAUCGAGACAGGCAGUGGCAAUGGGAGCCCAGUGCCAAAGGAAGAUGUGGACAUAGCCCUGGAGACCAAGCCUGGGCUGCCGGAGGAGGAGGAGCAAAUAUCUGUGAGGACAUCAUCUCCAUUCCCCACCCUCAAGUCAGAGGACAGUGGCAUUGGCCUGAGUGCCUCCUCCCCAGAGCUGUGCCAGCACCUGGGGCUGCCCACGGGCACCCUGGAGAGGGAUGAUGUCUGGAAAAAAGGAGGGAGCAUCCAGAAAACUCUGCACUGCAUCCAGGAGCUGGUGGCCAAGUUUGCCAGCAAAUACAUUUUUGGGAUGCAGCUCCAAGAAAUGAGUCCUGAAGGGAUUGCAGCAAUAAAUCUGAGUGGGAAAGAGAAAAAGGAGAAUGGCUACAGGUUACCUGAGAGUGGCAACAAGAAGAAGAGUCCCUGGGAUGGCAAACAAAUCACUGUGCCUCAGGUGAAGCAAAUGCUCUCAGAGCUGUUCUCAGCCAGGGGCUCACCCUUCAGGAGCAAGAAUCCCACUGCUCUCCUCUCUGAACACAAAAAGGAGAAGGAGGAGGGGGAGGAGUGGGACCUGGAGCUGGUGCUGGGACCCCUCAGAGGGGACUGCAAGGAAGCUUUCUCUGCAGCUUGUCACCUGCUGCUGGACUGCACCACAUUCCCAAUGUACCUGUCUGAGGAGGAGAUGGAACAGUUGUACCUCUCUCUGUUUCAGGGGCCUGGAGGUGACCCCAGCUUCCCCCUGUGGCUGAAGUCCCUGAUGACAAUCUGCUGCUGUGUCAACGACUGCUACGUGCAAAACGUGUCCAUCUUCACCCUCCUGGAGGUCAUCAACCACUCCCAGUCCCUGGCCCUGGUGAUUGAGGACAGGAUGAAGAGGUACAAAGUGUCUGGCCACAACCCUUUCCUUGGCAAGCUGCAGAUGGUCACCCUUCCUCCCAUUGCUCCUGCAGUGCUGAAGAUGAUCUCAGAGAAAACAGAUUUCUACCAGAGAGUUGCCUGUGUGCUCUGGAAUCAGCUGAACAAGGAGACUCGGGAGCACCACAUUGCCUGUGUGGAAUUGUUCUACAGACUUCACUGCCUGGCUCCCUCAGCAAAUAUCUGUGAGGACAUCAUCUGCCAGGCCCUGCUGCACCGGGACAAAGGGACAAGGCUGGAAGCUCUGUUCAGAUUCUCUGUCAUGUGGCACCUGACCAGGGAGAUCCAAGGCAGCAGAGUGACGUCCCACAAUCGCUCCUUUGAUAGGUCUCUGUUCGUGGUGCUGGACAGCCUGACGUGCUCGGACGGCGCCAUCGGGGCGGCGGCGCAGGGCUGGCUGCUGCGGGCGCUGUCCCUGAGCGACGUGGCGCGCAUCCUGGAGCCCGUGCUGCUGCUGCUGCUGCACCCCCGCACCCAGCGCACCUCGCUGGGCUGCCUCGGCCACGGCGCCUCCCCAGACUAUGUUCGUGAUUGGCUUUGCAAGAAAAAGGCCCCUCUGAAAGAGUCUGGCAUCUCUGAGAGCAAUUCUGAGGAAAACCUUCCCUUGAGCCAGUUCACUGCUGUGGACAGAGAAGCAAUUUGGGCAGAAGUGGAAACUGAUCCAGAGAAAGCAGAGCUGAAAGCUGAGCAGCCUGAAAAUGAUGGAUCUUCCCAGGACACGGACGGCGACCAGGACAACAGCGAGCACACGGAGUCUGCAGACACCAGCACAGGCCACGACAGUGACAACACCUCCUCCCUGUCCCCAUCCCUGGAGCUGCAGGAGGUGAGCAGCGAGGACAGGGAGGCUGCAGCUGAUGGCAGAGAGGCCCCAGGCCACGGGAAUUCCCUCAGUGCCUCCGAGAGCUCCAGGUCCAGCACGGGGCUCAACCUCGUCAGGGCCGACUCCGAGAGGACUCAGGCCUCGGAGUCUCUGUCCAGUGACGAGGAGGUGGAGCUGGAGCUGCAGGAGAUGGCCCACAGCAGGCUGCUGAGGCAGCAGAAGGAGAAGCAGGAGCUGGCAGAGGCCCUGUUCAAGCACACGCUGCUGUACUUGCAGCCCUACGACUCCCGGCGGGUGCUCUACGCCUUCUCCGUGCUGGAGGCCGUGCUCAAAACCAACCCCAAGGAAUUCAUCGAGGCUGUGGCCACCACCAGCAUGGACACCAGCUCCACAGCACACCUGAACCUCAUCUACAACCUCCUGGCUCGCCACCAGGAAGCUCUGGUAGGGCAGAGCUUUUAUGGGAAGCUGGAGGCCCAGUCUCCCGCGGCGUGCCCGCACUCGCUGCUGAUCGAGCUGCUGACCUCGCUGUGCCUGCGCUUCCUGCGCUCCUACUACCCCUGCUGCCUGCAGCUCAGCCACAGGGACCUGCUGGCCAACAGGGACGUGCAGGUCAAGAGCGUGGAGGUGCUCAUCAGGAUGAUGGCCCAGCUGGCCACCACGGCCAAGGCGGCCGAGCCCAGGAACGUGGAGCUGAUCCGGGAUCUGCUGGGGAGGUGCCAGGUGCAGGAGCUGGUGCUGCUCUCGCUCUCAGCCUCCAUGUACGUCAGCCACAAGCGCUACCAGCUCCUGGCUGGUGGGACCAACCCCCAGGAGCAGGAGCUCUUCCAGGAGAGCCUCAUCAAUUUUGGCCACGAUCAGAUCUGGAGCGAGCACCCUCUCCAGAUUGAGCUGCUGAAGCUGCUGCAGGUGUUGAUUGUCCUGGAGCACCACCUUGGCCAGAGGCCUGAGGAGCAGGACAACCAGCCAGACCUGUCCAAGGAGUGGCAGCAGGCUCUGAACUUCCAGCAGGCCAUUGGGGCCAUGCAGUACGUGUACCCACACCCCAUCACCUCCCAGGGCUUGUUUGUCUCUGCCGUGGUGAGGGGGCUCCAGCCCGAGUAUGGCCAUGGGAUGCAUCCCACGUGGGUGGCCUUGGUCACCAGUUCCCUGCCCUACUUUGGGAAGUCCUUAGGCUGGACCGUGGCCCCAUUUGUGGUGCAGAUCUGUAAAAACCUGGAUGAGCUUGUCAAGCAGUAUGAGAAUGAAGCUGUGAAGACUUCUGCCAAAACAUCUGCCAGCUUCACUUCUAAAAGAGAAAAUGUGACUCCUGACUACCCCCUGACCCUUCUGGAAGGGCUGACAACCAUCGGGCACUUCUGCCUUCUGGAUCAUCCCCAUCCAACAAAAAAGUCAUCCUGUUCAGCUGAACCUGCCAACCUGAGGAAUGCCAGGAAUGCCAUCCUGGAGGAGUUGCCCCGGAUUAUGAACACCAUGAGCCUCCUCUGGAGUGUCAUCAAGAGGGAAGACUCCCAAAAAAGACCAACUGACUUCUUUGGGACAACUAAAGGCUCUUCUUCAGUCUACUUUAAAGCAACCAAAACAUUAAGAACAAAAAUAUUGGACUUCCUGAAUCCCUUGACAGCACACCUUGGAAUCCAGCUGAUGGCAGCAACUGCAGCAGUGUGGAACAGCAAAAAACCUCACAGGAGUCACAGUAAAACCAAGAUUCUCCCGGUGGCCAGUGCAUCCCAGCUCAUUCUGGUGGACUUAAUUUGUGCCCUGAACACCCUGAAAAUUGACACCAUCUUGUAUCUGGUCAAAGAGGUGGUCAAGAAACCAGCACAGAUCAAGGGGGAGGAGAAAUCCUCUCUGGUGGAUAUCCCAGUGCUGCAGUUCAGUUUUGCUUUCAUUCAGAGACUCCCUGUCCCAGCCCUGCAGGAGAACUUCCAGCCCUUGUUAGGGCUCCUCAGAGAAUCUGUGCAGCUGAACUUGGCUCCUCCUGGCCACUUCCUUCUCCUCAGCAUCCUCAAUGACUUUGUGACAAGGACACCCACCCUGGAGAACAAAAAGGACCAGAAAGACCUGCAGGAGGUGACCCAGAAGAUCCUGGAGGCUGUGGGGACCAUUGCUGGUUCUUCCCUGGAACAAACCAGCUGGCUGAGCAGGAACUUGGAAGUGAAAGCUCAGCCUCAGAUUUUACCAGAUGAAUUCCACAUGGAGGAUGUCAAUGAUACAUCAGUGGCACCAUCUUCAAUGGUUUCUGCCUCUGCUCCUUCAAUCUACAGUGUCCAAGCCCUUUCUCUCCUGGCAGAGGUGCUGGCCUCCCUGCUGGACGUGGUGUACCGCAGUGAUGAGAAGGACAAGGCCGUGCCCCUCAUCUCCCGCCUGCUCUACUUCGUGUUCCCCUACCUGAGGAACCACAGUGCCUACAAUGUUCCCAGUUUCCGUGCUGGUGCUCAGCUGCUCAGCUCCCUGAGUGGAUACGCCUACACCAAGAGAGCCUGGAAAAAAGAAGUGCUGGAAUUGUACAUGGAUCCAUCAUUUUUCCAGAUGGACACUUCCUGCACUCACUGGAGAUCCAUCAUUGAUCAUCUCCUCACACAUGAGAAAACCAUGUUUAAGGAUUUGAUGACCAUGCAGAGCAGUGCCCUGAAGCUGUACCCCAGCUGUGAGCAGAAGGCCAUGCUGCUGAAGCGCCAGGCGUUCGCCGUCUUCAGCGGCGAGAUCGACCAGUACCACCUGUACCUGCCCCUGAUCCAGGAACGCCUGACUGAGAAUCUCCGCGUGGGCCAGACUUCUCUGGUGGCUGCCCAGAUGUUUCUCUUCUUCAGAGUUCUCCUGUUGAGGAUUUCCCCUCAGCAUCUCACCUCGUUGUGGCCAAUCAUGGUCACAGAACUGAUCCAGACAUUUCUACAGCUGGAGGAAGAUUUAACUGAGGAAGAGGAACCAGCAAAGAACAACAGCAAAAUGAGCAAAGCCAAAGGCUCAGGGGCUGAGAUCCAGCCCAAGGAGCUGUGCCUGUACCUGGCAGCCUGCAAAUUCCUGGACACUGCACUUUCCUUCCCCCCUGACAGGAUGCAGCUCUUCCAAAUGUACAAAUGGGCCUUUGUGCCAGAGGUGGACACAGAAUCAUCUCCUGUCACCUCCCACCUGGUGGAAAACCACCAGGAAUGCCAACCACACAUCGUGAGGAUCAUGGAUCUGCUCAAGAUGAAAUAUGGGGACCCAAAGCACCCCGAGGGAGCUGCCAGGAAUCCCAAAUUCCCCCUGCUGAGCCUGCACUCCGUGUCCAGCAUCACCCAGCUGCUGCCUUUCUUCCAGACCCUGUGCUGGGCAUUCACAGCCCCUGGCAGUGACCCCCACAACUGCCACCCCUCUGCAGCUGCCCCCGUGGAUUCCCCUGGCAGCAACAGCAGCAGGGUCCUGCAGCAGCUGGAGGAAAGUGUGGAAUUGGAUUUCCUGGAAAAUAUGGAAAGCUGAGCGCUGGGACACUCCUGCUGGAUCAACCCCGGGGAAAGCUUGGCUGAAAUUCCGGUUUUUUCCCCAGAUUUCCAGCUACAUUUUGGGAUUCCAGCUACAUUUUGGGAUUCCAGCUACAUUUUGGGAUUUCUCUUCAAUUAUUCAGGUGGUAAAAAGCAGGAAUCUCCAGUUGCUGUGGUGGGAAAAAAGGGAAGUUUGGUGGGAAUUUCUCAGAGUUUCUGUGGUUUGUUUGUUUUCCGUGGGAAGGAUGAAAGACAUUUUGUAAAUAGAGGAAGAAUAUUUUGGACUUGGUGGAAGUAGCAGCUGCCCUGGGACUUCUCCAGGACUUUAAAGUGCUUUUGGAACUGUGUUCUGAAGGAAAAUGGAAGGAAAAUCCAAUAUUGCAUGUCAGUGUACAAUCAGUUUGCAGCGAGUCAUUUCCUGAAGUGAAAGCCCCUAAUUUGACCUAAAUUGAUCAAAUUCUAAAAAAAUCCCCCAAAUUCCCCACAGAUGGAUUGUCUGAGUCUCAGCAUUGUGCAAGGAGCUGCAGCUUUGCCCUGGCUGUAAUCUCAGCUCUGUGCCAGAGCAGCAUCUUCAGGCUUAGCAAUUCCUAACAAAUCAGAAAUGUGCAUAAAACACAAACCUUUGCAGGAACGUUUUGUAAUUAGCACAACCUGAGGGGGUUUUGAUUUUAAUUAAUCGAUUAAGAGAUUUAAAUUCAUAUUUUUUAAAUGAAAAACUUUUGUUCUUUCAGUGACUCAGGUGGCUGCAGCUUCUGAAAUGCAACUAAAUGAAAAUAAUGCUGUAAAAAUAGAAAUUGCUUAACUAAAAUGAAAAUAAUAUUCUUUUUUUUUGUUUGUUUUUUGUAAAAACUUUUUUUUGUACAGAAGAAUGUAUUUGGCUGUUCCUGGAUGGUGAGAGAGGUAGGAGGAUCAUGCCAGUGCUUUUCCUAAGUUAAAAAGGACAUGGGAAAAGAUUUGAUUGGGAGUCAAGGAUUUCUUUUUCCCAAACUCCCAUAACAAACAAAGGAGGCUUCUCUGCAGUGGGGUUUAGGUACAGAUGGAUGAGAUUUUCAUCUUGGGUUUAUAAACUCAAAUAAUGAAACAUCCUUUACUCUCACACUGGAAUACUGUACAAAAAUAACAGCACAAGAAGCUUGUGCUAAACUUAUUUAAAUCCUUUGCAUUUUUACAGUGAAGGAAAGUGGUGGACUGAGGUGUGGUCAUUAAGAAUGUGAAUUAUUUCUAUUAAUAUAAUUUAUUAAUGGUCUCUAAUGCUGUUGGAAUGAGCACAAGUGAAAAGUUACCCUUUGAAAGCAUUACUUGAAUGUUGGAGGAAGCCACUGUUAAAAUGUUGGUGUUCAUUUCCUGCCUAUCUUCAAUAUUUUCUAUGGAUAAUUGGAAUUCUCAGGAUGCUUUGGUACUUUUACUUUCAGUUUCCUGCUGGUUGCAUUCCAUACUUGGAUAUUUCCCUUCAAAUGCUGAGAAACAGGAGCAGGGUUAGAUGGGAUAGGUUAGGUGGGAAGGAAUUCCUGGCUGGCAGGGUGGGCAGGGCUGGGAUGGAAUUCCCAGAGCAGCUGGGGCUGCCCCUGCAUCCCUGGCAGUGCCCAAGGCCAGGCUGGACACUGGGGACAGUGGGAGGUGUCCCUGCCAUGGCAGGGGUGGCACUGGGUGGGCUCUGAGGUCCCUCCCAAGCCAAACCAUUCCUGGAUUCUGUUAUUCCAUGAUUCUAUCAAAUGGUGUUAAAAUCUAGGACAGCUUUUUGUCACUAAACUGUUUUCAAUGGCAUCAGACAUUUAAGGGACUUGCAGGAUCCUUCCACUUCAGAAGAAAAAGUUCUUUAACAUUUAGUAUCCAGGCAGAUCUUUUCUAAUUAUAAAUAAGAUGUGAAAAAGGAGGAAAGGGCUUUAACUAAAAGUCCUGCUUGAGUGCUGGAGGAGCACAGUUCCACAGGUCCAAAGGAGAAUAUUUUAUUCCUUUAUUCCAUAACUUUAUUACCGUUCCAUGUGGGACUAACUGUGGUUGUUUUCUCCUACUGAUAAAUCCACUGAGGAGCCACAGCAGGGCUCUCCUGCUCUGAGCUGCUCCUACCAAAGCAGAACAACCUCACUGGCCAUGAAUCUGGAAAUGGUUUCGCCUGGAACUCCAGACAUCCUCUCCUGUUCCAGGGCAGGGAAUCAGGAAACGCUUUUGCCUUGCUGUGAUUUUGCUUUUCAGUCUAACCAAGCUCAGCUUUGUCUUUGGGACACUUCAGCUCCAAUCCAGCAGAGCCACAGUGCUCAGAGGGAGACCUGGAAAUAUUCCAAAGGAUUUCAUUGUCCUGAAAGAAACAAUCAGGAGGUGCAACCAAGGGAAACUGCUGAAGAGCAGCAGGACUUGAAGUGCAGAGCAUUAAGUGAUGGUUGUGUAUCCCAUACCAUACAUGAAUGUAAUUCUUCUAUGAAUAUUAAAUGUUAUUUUGCAAUGCCUUUUCAAA